ACCAAAGGCCAAGGAAAAAGAGCGGACGAGACGAAAAAUUUGGAGUGCGGGAGGAGGGAAGCCGGCGGGCGCAGGAGGUGGAGUGAAAUGCGAGAAAGGGGAGGGGCGUGAGGCAACGCUGCUCGCAUUUGUUGUGCCCACGGACUUUGGCAGCCAUUCAAUGCUCCACCAAACGCUCAUCCCUUCUUCCCUUGCCUUCUCCGCCUCCGCUUCCCCUUCCCCCGACCCUCUCCCCUUCGCCUCGAACGCCGCCGCCGCCGCCGCCGCCGCGACCCCCCUUCGCUCCUCAGCCAUGCCGUCCUACGCGCACCACCACAGCUCUCUGGACGAGAGGAUGGACGCCCUCAAGGGCAGUAGCCGCGAGGAGGAGACGCCCGACGAGGCCGCCGCCGAGGCGCCGGCGGCCUGGGGCUUCGCCGAGAGGGACGGCUUCUCCGUCGAGGACCUGCUGGACCUCGAGGAGUUCUGCGAGCCGGAUAGGGACGGCGCCGACGAGCCCGAGGAGGCUCCGGCCGCCGCCGUGAAAGAAGAGAAGUUGAACGACGGGCCCAACCAGUCCGUCGUGUCGUAUGAGCUCGCCCCUCCGGCGCCGCCAGCGCCGGAGAUUGUUGACCUGCCGGCGCAUGACGUCGAGGAGGAGCUCGAGUGGGUGUCCCGUAUCAUGGACGACUCGCUCUCCGAGCUGCCCCCGCAGCCGGCGCCGCCCGCGUCGAUGAUGGCGUCGUUGGCGCCACGCCCGCCGCAGCACCGGCUACCCCAGCGGCACCCGCAGGAUGGAGCGUACCGUGCUCUGCCGUCUAUGUCCGACCCUAUGCGGACUCCGACCAUAUGCGCGCUGUCCACGGAGGCGCUGGUCCCGGUCAAGGCGAAGCGCAGCAAGCGCUCUAGGGCGUCGGGGUGGUCGCUCUCGGGCCCCGCGCCGGACUCCACGUCGUCCUCGUCGACCACCACCACCUCCUCGUGCUCCUCGUCGGCCUCCUUCUCGCCCUACUUCCUGCUGGACACGCCGCACUUCGGCGCCUCGGAGCUCAUGGAGGAGUACAACAUCCUGCCGCCGCCGCCCAAGAAGUCCAAGCACGGCAAGAGCAGCAAGCAGAAGGCCAAGAAGCGCGGCCGCAAGCCCAAGAACCUCCCCGCACCCUCCAGCGCCAUGGAGGCCGCCACCCAGAGCGACCGGCGCUGCAGCCACUGCGGCGUGCAGAAGACCCCGCAGUGGCGCGCGGGGCCGGAGGGCGCCAAGACGCUGUGCAACGCGUGCGGCGUGCGCUACAAGUCCGGCCGGCUCCUCCCCGAGUACCGGCCGGCGUGCAGCCCGACGUACGUGAGCAGCGUCCACUCCAACUCCCACCGCAAGGUGCUCGAGAUGAGGCGCAAGAAGGAGGACGGCCCCCUCACAGUCACCGCCACCGCGCCCGCCGUGGCGUCGUUCUAGCUCGUUCGCUGGCUGGCUGGCCACUCCGUCCGCGGUGGCUGUACAUUUUCCCGCCCGUAUCAGUCUUUGUACUACCGUACUCGAACCUUUUUUCUUCCAUUUCUCUGCUAGUAUCAUCAUCAUCAUCCGAGUAGUUCCGUUUGGAGAUUAAUUAGAGUCCAGCAGGUUUAGGUCAUGUUAGGUUUUAGGAAUUCGGCUCCUCCAACUCCACCACCUUCAUUAGCUUGUUAGGGUACUAAGUACUGCUACAGCAGCAGCAGUGCAGCACUAGCUCAGAACUUUAUUUCCAGCUUUGUCCCAAGGAGUUUUUCUAUGAGCUAGCAUGUGUUUGCUAGUGUAGUGUAAAUCAAUGGCGGUGCUUAGUUUU